GUCUUACAACAAUCCCAACCAAUGGGAGCCCUCUGUGAGUAAUAGACCCACCAAUCAGGAUCGAGGAGCGGAGCUUUUUGAAAACGUUGGCGGCUGAGGAAGUUCAGAACAGCAACACUGCUCUAUUAUCUUCACUAAAACACCUCCUGUUCUUCACUACGAUGCAGAAUAAGGAAAAUCAUGAGCCCAGGAGUUUCCAACGACCGUUCGUAACCCCAAGCCUGGUGGCUGGCCCACAGCGUGUUCUGGUGAAGCCACGAAUGGAGAUGGACAAAAGUGCCAUCACAGGCCCUGGCAGAGAGUGUGUUGGCUCAUCCUCCAGUGGAGCCUCAAAGAAAGUCUCCAUCGAUGACUUUGACAUCGGCCGACCACUAGGGAAGGGUAAAUUUGGUAAUGUCUACCUUGCGAGGGUGAAGAAGCUGCAGUCCAUCGUGGCGCUGAAGGUGUUGUUCAAGUCACAGAUGGAGAAGGAGGGUGUGGAGCAUCAACUCAGGAGAGAGAUUGAGAUUCAGGCACAUCUCAAGCACCCCAACAUUUUGCGCUUCUACAAUUAUUUCCAUGACCGAAAGAGGGUCUUCUUGGUGCUUGAGUACGCCCCACGUGGUGAAAUGUACAAGGAGCUACAGAGAUAUGGAAGAUUCGACGACCAGCGUACUGCCACAUACAUGGAGGAGAUAUCUGAUGCACUGUUGUAUUGCCAUGAGAAGAAAGUGAUUCAUCGUGACAUCAAGCCGGAGAAUCUGCUUCUCGGCUAUCAUGGAGAGCUGAAAAUUGCAGAUUUUGGUUGGUCCGUCCAUGCACCUUCUCUAAGACGCCGUACAAUGUGCGGGACACUGGACUACCUCCCUCCAGAGAUGAUUGAGGGCCACACCCACAGCGAGAAGGUGGAUCUGUGGUGCAUCGGGGUCCUCUGCUACGAAUGCUUGGUCGGCAACCCGCCUUUUGAAACUGCCAGCCAUUCAGAAACAUACAAGAGAAUUAUGAAGGUGGAUUUGAAGUUCCCCAAAAACAUCUCAGACGGUGCACGGGACCUGAUCAGCAAGCUGCUCCGCCACAGCCCCGUCGACCGUCUCUCACUACAGAGCGUCAUUGAUCACCCAUGGGUGUGCAACAAAUCCCGCCGAAUCCUACCGCCCAUCUGCCCCGCCAAGAAAUCCUGAGCCCACCUGUCCUGCCUGCUUACCUCCCGCUGAGGGGUGUUUUAUCUGUCCUUCACCAGAGACUCUGGGCCAGCAUGUUUUGGUUUCACUGCCAUGGGUUUCAAACUGCCAUUAUUCUGGCACAUUUUAUGACGGGUAUAAAUGUGUGCCCACUUUUUUUUAUAUUGUACAGUGUGAUGUCAUUAUCUAUGUCUAGUAUGUUUCCUAGAGGUGUUUUUAUUGACAUUUCUUCUCUGACACUUUUUUUUAAAUGGACACAGCUCUAUUUUUGAUUCUGUAUCUGACCAAAGUACUACUGUUAGACCGAUUUAAAGCCGACUAUGUUCGCAAAUAGUUUAAGAUAAAAUGUUUGAGGGUUGGGGUGUGAAGCAUGUUUUAUUUUCUCUCGAGCUAUACUUUACAUUUCUAAUAAAUAUUAUAAAAUGA